AUGGUUCAUCUAUCCAAUAUCUUCCAUUUGCCUCAGCAAAAGUCUCACGGUAAGCCCAGCUCCAGAAUCUGUUCGACACAAACUAGCAGACGGAAUUCGAGGGACUCAUCUGUCACUUCAUCGACGGACACAACAUUUGAGGAAGGCAAAAGUUGGCUGUGGAAGCAAUUACACAUGCACCAUCAGUCUCAGCAGCAAUCAAGAUCGGAUCAGCAUCAAGCAAAACACACACAGCACAGCACGAAAUUAACAGACGAUACGUCCUCGAGUAGCACACCUGUUCAGCUAUCUCCAUCGCCGUCCAGACAGACACUCACCACCGUCAAGAGCUGCGACUCUAUCAGUGAUUCCGUAUCAGCAGGGACUAGCAAAUUGCAUCGCCUGAAUACAACCAAUCUUCGGGAAUAUGGCGAAUGCUAUAAACGACUGGGCAAAGGUUCAACUGCCGUCAUCUCUGUGUGUCGAAGCAAGAAGAUCAUUCCCACCUCUGAUUCUCAAGGCAACAAGUCUUCCAAGCUGUAUGCCAUCAAGCAAUUCCGAAAGCGCAACAAGACUGAAUCUGAGAAGGAAUACAUGAAAAAGCUGACCAGUGAAUUCUGCAUCUCCUCUACCUUUCGUCAUGUAAAUGUGGUGGAGACAAUUGAUUUGGUACUGGACGAUCAGAGUCGUUACUGCACAGUGAUGGAAUAUUGCCCCGGUGGCGAUCUGUUCUCUGUCAUCAUGUCAGAGCACAUGACCGAUGUGGAAUUGUCUUGCUGCUUCAAACAAAUGAUGCAGGGUUUGGCGUACCUUCAUUCUGUGGGCGUUGCUCAUCGUGAUAUCAAGCCUGAAAAUCUUUUACUGACGCUGGACGGCAAAUUAAAAAUCACUGAUUUUGGUGUCUCGGAUGUCUUUCGUUGUGCUUGGGAAAAGACGGGCCACAAAAGCCGUGGUCUGGUGGGCUCUGAACCUUACAUUGCGCCUGAAGCGUUUGAAAAGGACCACGAGUAUUGGGGCGCUAAUGCGGAUAUCUGGUCGGCGGGCAUUGUCAUGUAUUCCAUGUGGCGUGGUGGCCAUGCUUGGAUUCGUGCUGACAAGAAAUCCGAUCGCGAAUUCCGCAACUACCUUCGUCACAGUGUCACUCACUCGUUUCCAAAUUUCAAAAAAUUUCCUGAUUCAAUGCGUGAACUCAUUUAUCGUAUGCUGGACCCCAACCCUGACACGCGUAUCACUGCAGAACAAGUCUUGCAAAACGAAUGGGUCCAGUCUAUCUUGGUUUGCGAGAAGGGCAUUGAUGCCAUGAACCGUGAUCACCACCAUACAAACAUCUCCAGCCUGAAGAAGCAGUAA